GGCGGGGGCGGGGAGAGGCGCGAGCAUCCUUCCCGGCGAUUGGCCCCGUGCCCCGGAGACGCCUGUCACUCCGGAGUGUGGGCGGGGCCGUCUGGGCCAGUCAGGUUUCUGAUUGGUUGAGGGAGGCUGCGACUUUGCUGGGAGAGUCUCCUCCCGGAGAUUUCGGGAGGCUCGGCUCCUGCCGCGAGGUGCGUGGCCCGGAAGUGACGCACGGCCCUGGCUUGCGGCCGCCCAGCCCCCGCUUCCUUUCACGCUCUCGGUGGCCGUAGGUGGUCGUGGCCACCGCACCCGGCGGGAGGUGGCGGCGGCCAGGAAUGCCCGGGAAACUCCUCUGGGGAGACAUCAUGGAGCUCGAGGCGCCCUUGGAAGAGUCCGAGAGCCAGAGGAAGGAGCGGCAAAAGAGCUUUAUGGAUUUCGGAAUUUCGGAUAAGGGAUUAUGGACCUGUACUUCCCUGAUAGGGUUGUUAUGAAGAUUAAAACAAGAUAAGACGAAAACAUUACACAAUAAUGGAGUGAUAGAAGGAAGUCAAGGCACCAUUCUGAAUCAGAGGAGAGAACAGAAACAGAAAAUGGUGUUACAGAUGACCUGGAUGCUCCCAAAUCCAAAAAAGCUAAAAUGAGAGAGAAGCUAAAUGGAGACACCAAAGAAGGACUAAGAUUUUCAGAUGAAUUCGCCCCAUCUCAUAAAUCAAGAAGAAAAGACCUGCCAAACGGAGAUGUGGAUGAGUAUGAGAAAAGGUCAAAGCGAGUGUCAUCCUCAGAAAACUCUCACAAGUCAAGUGAUAAAGCAGAGGAGACUCUAACACGUGAGCAAAAGGAAGGAGCCUUCUCUAAUUUCUCCAUUUCUGAGGAGACCAUAAAGCUUCUGAAAGGUCGAGGGGUAACAUAUCUCUUUCCUAUUCAAGUUAAAACCUUUGGUCCUGUAUAUGAAGGAAAAGAUUUAAUUGCUCAAGCCCGGACAGGAACAGGAAAGACAUUCUCUUUUGCCAUACCCUUGAUUGAAAGGCUCCAAAGAAAUCAAGAAACAAUUAAAAAAAGCCGCUCACCAAAGGUACUCGUUUUGGCUCCAACAAGGGAAUUGGCAAAUCAAGUAGCCAAAGAUUUCAAAGAUAUAACUAGAAAACUCAACGUGGCGUGUUUUUAUGGUGGAACAUCAUAUCAAAGCCAGAUUAAUCAAAUUCGGAAUGGUAUUGACAUCCUUGUUGGGACUCCAGGGCGUAUCAAAGACCAUCUGCAAAGUGGCCGUUUGGAUCUUUCAAAGUUACGCCAUGUUGUGCUUGAUGAAGUAGAUCAAAUGUUAGAUUUAGGUUUUGCUGAACAAGUCGAAGAUAUUAUUCAUGAAUCCUACAAAACUGAUUCAGAAGACAAUCCUCAGACCUUACUUUUUUCUGCAACUUGCCCACAGUGGGUAUACAAAGUUGCAAAAAAAUACAUGAAAUCCAGAUAUGAACAGGUUGACCUUGUUGGAAAAAUGACUCAAAAAGCUGCAACCACUGUGGAACAUUUGGCUAUCCAGUGCCAUUGGUCUCAGAGACCAGCAGUUAUUGGAGAUGUCCUUCAGGUCUACAGUGGGUCUGAAGGGAGAGCUAUUAUCUUCUGCGAGACUAAGAAGAAUGUUACUGAAAUGGCCAUGAAUCCACACAUAAAGCAGAAUGCUCAGUGUUUGCAUGGAGACAUUGCACAGUCACAAAGAGAAAUUACCUUGAAAGGCUUCAGAGAAGGUAGUUUUAAAGUUUUGGUGGCAACCAAUGUGGCUGCUCGUGGCUUGGACAUUCCUGAGGUUGACCUUGUGAUUCAGAGUUCUCCUCCACAGGAUGUUGAAUCCUAUAUCCAUCGCUCUGGACGCACAGGUAGAGCUGGCCGGACAGGAAUUUGUGUAUGUUUUUAUCAACCAAGGGAAAGAGGUCAACUGAGAUAUGUGGAGCAGAAAGCAGGGAUUACUUUUAAACGUGUAGGUGUUCCUUCUCCAAUGGAUUUAGUUAAAUCUAAAAGCAUGGAUGCCAUCAGGUCUCUGGCCUCUGUUUCUUAUGCUGCUGUUGAUUUUUUCCGACCAUCAGCUCAAAGACUGAUAGAAGAAAAGGGGGCAGUGGAUGCAUUGGCUGCAGCAUUAGCUCACAUUUCUGGUGCAUCAAGCUUUGAACCACGAUCUUUGAUCACCUCUGAUAAGGGCUUUGUGACCAUGACUCUGGAAAGCCCUGAAGAGAUACAGGAUGUCAGCUGUGCUUGGAAGGAACUCAACAGAAAGCUCAGUAGUAAUGCUGUGUCUCAAGUAACCAGGAUGUGCCUCUUGAAAGGAAACAUGGGUGUUUGCUUUGAUGUUCCUACAAAUGAGUCAGAAAGAUUACAGGCAGAGUGGCAUGAUUCAGAUUGGAUACUCUCAGUGCCAGCCAAAUUACCUGAAAUUGAAGAAUAUUAUGAUGGAAACACUUCUUCUAAUCCCAGACAGAGGAGUGGCUGGUCUGGUGGCAGGUCAGGCCGUUCAGGCCGGUCUGGUGGUCGAUCUGGUGGCCGAUCAGGUAGACAGAGUCGACAGGGAAGUCGGUCAGGAAGUCGGCAAGAUGGCAGAAGACGAAGUGGGAACAGAAAUCGAUCAAGAAGUGGGGGCCAUAAACGGAAUUUUGACUGAGUGUUUGAUAGUUAAUCUUCCAGUAUGAGCUUGCCUAUUUCUGUCUAAUCAUGUAUAUUAUUCACCAAAAAUUAGAUCAUCAUAGUUGAGGUAUUUGUCUGUAAUUUGCAAAGAAGUUGGUCGUAUUUUUUUAAAAAGUAUUUCACAAGAAUGGUUCUAAACAAAUCUACUUAUCUGGCUAUACCUUUGAAUUAAAAAAAAAAGCCCUUUUAUUGUCUGUUUCCA